AAAAAAGAAAAUUGUGGCCUUGAAGCGUCAAAUUGGGAAGCCAUUAUCCAAAUUCCAAAGCUUCAUUUGCAGCAAAGGAAUGACGAUGACGAUGGCGUCUUCUUCACUCUUACACUGUUCUUUGUCAUUCAACUUCUCUUCUCGAACCCCACCACUCUCCGCCUCUCGACUCUCCAUCACCCCUUCACUCUCCACAAAGAAAAUGACUCUCAACCACAGCUCUUCACACAGCAUCUCAACCUCCGCGCCGCUCGUUCUCAGCCGCGUUCCCUCCCCGCCGCAAAAACCCCCACAGCCAUUCACCGUAGUGUGCGUCAAAGGCUAUAAGAUGAAGACGCACACGGCGUCCGCGAAGCGGUUUUGGGUGUCCAGGAGUGGGAAGAUCAUGAGGAGGAGAGCCGGGAAGCAGCAUUUGCUUAUGAAGAAGAAUACCAAACACAGAUUAAGACUCUCCAAGAUGGUUAAGGUUAUGAAGAGCAACGAUGAGCUGAGUGAGGGUCAGAGAUGUGCUAAUUUUGAGACGGAAUAUGACAAGUGGUAUGCUUCUAUUCCGAAAAAGCAAAGUUUGCUUGACGAGCUGCUUGUCAAGGUUGAGGUUCAGUUGAGGAACAAUGAAGUGAGUGAUAGUGAGCGUGUUAAAUUGAUGGCGGGAUAUGAGAAAUUGGAGGCUUCUAUGAUGAGAAUGAUUAAGGAGAUGCAGGCCAGGGUAGACAAGCGGGAUGUCAGGAUAGCCAAGCUGUACCACAAUGCGGUGGAGAGAAAAAGGCCACGGAUCAUGAUCGGUUACGAUGCUGAUGACUUAGGUGGGCGAAAAAAAUGUCAAAUAGACCGCUGAACUUUUACAUUUUAUACAAAUAAAAAUAAAAAUUAUGUCAUAACAAAUUAUUUUAAAGUUAAUGAAGUUCUCUCAAUGUAGAGUUUUAAU